AAAAUAUGGAUUACUGAAUUCUAGUACUGGUUUUCUCAAAUCCAGUUAAGAUGUUGACUGACCUUUCUUUUAGGGUGAAUAAAUACCAUUUCAAGUGGAUAGAUCAUUGAUGUGAAUCAUAUAAUUUCUUGGGUCAUGAAAAUAUGUUUUGAAGAAUCUUUCUCCAUUUCUACCUGAUUUACAACCGUUAUCUUAUUUCAUGUAGCAACAGAUUUGAAUCAAGAUUGUGUUCAUCUUGAACAUAAGCUCAAAUGUGUCCUCCUUCAUCAUGCAUUCCACUUCCAGCUGAAAACGAAAACUGGACCAAUGAGGCGAUAUUUACGUCAUUGUUCAACUUCAAGAGGGGAAAACCAUUGCCCGAAAAUGCAACUUCAGACGUAAAUCCUUUCCAAUAUAAGCCCUCAGAUCUACCUGCCGAUUUGUGGUACUUGUGGUCCGGGGUAAAAAAGGAUGCUGAGUUUGGAUUCUGGCAGGAAACCGAGGCACCUUGUGAGACGUUUUCUAACUCUACUAUCAUUGGUUCAAGAACUACCCUUCAGUUUUAUGAGGGUCGGGCCUCACAUAGCCGAAAAACGGGUUGGAUGAUGCAAGAAUAUACAAUAACUGAAAAAUGUGACAACGAUACAAAGGAUUUUAGAGCAUUAUGUAGAGUAUAUUUGGCGCCAAAAACGGUUUCAGUGAGUCAACUUGUGGUGAGUUGCGUAUUGUAA